GCGGCGGUACCACAUGGCUCGUUCCGGCCGUGGGAAGCGUCGCCGCGAGGAGGACGAGGACGACGAGGACGAGCCGUCGCGCGCCCAGGCGCGCGCGGAGUCCGAGAGCGACGACGAAGCGGGCCGCGAAUCGGACAGCGAGGGCGACGAGCGCAGCGACGACUCAUCCGGCGAGUCGGACGAGGAGGAGGAGGGCCUCUUUGUGGCGUGCCAGGAGGGGAGCCUCGACGACCUCAAGGCGAUGGAGGAGGCCGGCGCGCUCGAGGUCAACCGGCGCGACCGCGAGGAGGGCGACACGCCCAUCUCCGUCGCCUGCCGCUGGGGCCACCUGCCGGUUGCGGAGUGGCUGCACAGCCGCGGCGCAGCGCUCGACUCGCCAAACAGGGCGGGCGAGGCUCCGAUCCACGAGGCGGCGAUCCACGGCUCUCCCGAGCUGAUCGCGUGGCUGCUGAGCGCGCUCGGGCCCGCCGCCGCCUCCGAGAUCGAGCGGCGCGCGCGAGGGAGGGCGUGGGAGGCGCGAGGCUGCGGGGCAUGCAACACCGAGGCGGCCAAGGCGCCGCCCGACGCGGCUCGGGACGCGCUGCUCGAGGCCGGCGCGUCGGCCGCGGCGGUGGACGAGAGGGGGCACACGCUGCUGCACCUUGCCGCCUCGAACGGGCGGAACGAGACCGCCGCCGUCGCGCUCGAGGCGAUGGAGGCGGGGAGGCUCGAGGCGGUGGAGUGGCUGGUCGGGAGGGGCGCCUCCGUCGACUCGGCGGACGGCGGCGGAGUGCGGCCGCUCCACUACGCGUCUGCGUCGGGUCUGGGCACAGGCGACGCGGCGACGGCGCUGUGGCUGAUCGAGCACGGCGCUGCGGUGGGCGAGGCGAGCGACGCAGGCACUUUGCCGCUGCACCGCGCGAGAAGCUCCGACCCGCCCCCACAGCACGUGGAGCUGUGCGAGCUGCUCGCCGCGCGGGGCGAGCCGGUCGAUUCGGUGAACGGGGACGGCUGCUCCGGGCUCGUGCAGGCGUGCGCGGCGGGCCACCUCCCGCUGGUGCAGUGGCUGCUCCCCCGCGCCCCAGGCUUGCUCGAGAUGGCGGACGGGCGCGGAGCGACGCCUCUGGUGUACGCGUGCGAGCAAGGCCACGCGGAGAUCGCCGAGUGGCUGCUCGAGCAAGGCGCGGCACCGGGCGACGAGGCGGCGCAGGCGGCGGCAGAGGCGGGCCUUGCCGACCUGGCAAAGAAGCUGAAGGCGGCGAAGGCGGCGGCCGCCGCGGCGGGGGGCGAGUAGGUGGUUGUGGGAGGGAGUUGGCUCGUGUUGCUGUCGUGUGCGUGUGGCAACUUGGGGUGACGUCGUAGCCCGCCUGGGUGGCUUGCCGCUUGUGUGUUGAUUUGCGCCGCGAAGCCGAAAGGACGCGUCCGCGGCGAGUUCCGGUGGCGGUGUGGCCGAGGUGUGUGAUAAAAGAUUACACUCA